UGUCCCGGCGGUAACACAGACUAGCAUUUUGCGGAGUUUGUUUGCACAGUCGAUCGACCUCGCUUUGAUCUUGCACCCACAAACGCAUUGGUCGAUGGUUGUUGCACUACUGCCCACACCAAUAUUGUAUUUUGAUUGCACGUUUCAUAGCUCUUCUAUUUCUCCGGAGGGAAUUUGGAUUGGAGGAUUUCUGUGCAGUUCCUGGUGUUGUAGAGUCUUCUGGCAAACAGUUGCCUCAUUGCGCUUCAUGCAGCCUACUCUCUACUGCCACUACUGAUAAAGAAGAUUGAUAAUAAAAUAAUUUGUCACUCGCACACUGCACUGUGCGCAAGGCGUCAGUCGCUGCGACCGCUUGGAAAGCGAAGGCGACAGGAUUUCCAAUCGCAAUGCCAGCUCCAAGAAGUCUGCAUCCCGACAUAGCUGAUCGAUACGAUGUCAAGGAGACGAUCGGCUCCGGUGGCUUUGCUAAGGUUAAAGUCGGCCGGCAUAAGCUGACUGGCAUGCAGGUGGCAAUCAAGAUUAUGGACAAGGCUGGUCUGGGAGAUGAUCUUCCAAGGGCGUAUCUAGAGAUCCGCACUUUGAAGGAGCUGCGUCACCAGCACAUCUGCCAGCUGUAUGAAGUGGUGGAGACGAAAGAGCGCCUGUAUCUCAUUCUGGAAUUUGCACCGGGCGGUGAGUUGUUUGAUUACAUCGUUGCCCAGGACCGGCUCAAGGAGCAAGAGGCAAGAAAGUUCUUCCGUCAAGUAAUAUCUGCUGUGGCCUAUGUGCAUUCGAAGGGCUAUGCCCACCGCGACCUGAAGCCGGAAAACCUCCUAUUAGAUGAACACCAGAACAUCAAGCUUAUUGACUUUGGCUUGGUAGCACAUCCAUCUUCUCUCGAUAUGCCGCUUGCAACCUGCUGUGGAUCUCCUGCCUAUGCUGCUCCAGAGUUGAUUCAAGCAAGACCGUAUCUGGGCACGGAGGCUGAUGUAUGGAGCUUAGGUGUUCUCCUGUAUGCCUUGCUGUGUGGAUUUCUUCCCUUCGAUGACGACAACACAGCUAUACUGUAUUCAUUGAUCAAGCGUGGGAAAUACGAUAUUCCCAACUGGCUUUCGCAGCUCAGUGUCAAGUUCCUGGGAGAGCUCAUUGUUCUGGAACCCAAACGGCGUUUAUCCAUUGGUGGUGUCAUCACCCAUCCGUGGAUGAACAAAGCGUACGACAAACCAGUUGACCACACAUCUGUAUAUGAGGAAGAAGAAUAUGACGUGGAUGUGGUUAAGGAAAUCUGCCGCGCUUAUGGCCGCACAGAGGAAAGUGUGGUGGCGGAGCUGAAGACGUGGAAGUAUGAUAGCUUCACAGCAACAUACUUUCUCCUACACAAGAUGAAGCAAGCUGGUAAGAGGCCUGCUCUGAAGGUGCAGCCACCGCCUCGGGAGUCACUGAAUCCACUCAGAUCACCAGGCACUCCCACGGGAUCACCGUUGCCCAAAUUCCGGCUGCAAUCCUUUGACGAUAGCAACAGCAUGUACUUUAGUAUGGAGAGUUUGCCCGGUAGUGACGUAGAGGAGUCAGCACCAAGAUCGCCAGCUCCCAACCGCAGAGCCACAGAUACCGGAGAUCACCGACAGCGUCCAGCUUCUUCCAUUGAGGCAUCAAACAACAAAAGCCCUGUCAACCUGUUCCUUCAGAAGCAUGGAGGAGGACGAGGUGCAGGUCGAUCCCAUUCGGUAGAUGAAUCCUUGGACAAGUCUGCAGCCAGUGCUCCUCCAGACUCUAAUUAUUUAGGUGGAGACGACGAUGCUUUCAAGUCAGGCUCUGAGGCUCUACUGGCACCGGCUCUUUCGGCACGGCACAGGGCUGCGUCUGUGGACGAGCGACUCAACCAACUUUCGUUGGGUGGUCCCGGCAGUCAUGGCCGUGCUUCGGUCGGUGCUGCUGCCACGUUGCCCCAAGGUACAAACCCAACAUCAGCAUUGGCUGGACUUGCAACACCGAGCAGAUCAAGGAAGCAUGGUGCUACGCUCACCCAUCCACAAGAGCAAUCUCAAAGCGGCACAUUGGAGAAAGGUGGGUUCCGUGGCAGUUUGAAUCGGAUUGUUGCCAAUGUGCGUGACUCCUUGGGAUCAUCAUCAUCACCUGGGAAAGGUCCACGUAAAGUCAAGGCAUUGUACAAUGUGCAGACGACCUCAACCAAAACUGCUGAAGAAGUGCUGUCUGAGCUGCAGCGUGUGGUGAAAGAAGAGCAAAUCGUGCACCGUGUGAAAGGGUAUGUUAUUCGCUGCAAGACGCUCGGAAAGGAUGGCAAGGUCAACCUGUCGUUCGACAUGGAGGUUUGCCAAUUGCCUCGCAUGGAUUUGAUUGGCAUUAGUCGCAAGCGAAUCAAGGGGGACACCUGGCUCUACAAGACAACCUGCGAACGCCUAUUGAGUGCUGCACAUUUGUAAGCCAAUUGCAAACUUGCUUUAUUUCCCAUGCUACUGUUUUUAUUCUGUCCACUCCUGGCUAUACUGGCUGGGCUGAUUUUCUCGUUUAUCACCAUUCAGCAUGAUUUUAUCUGACCGCCCUUCAGCACGAAAUGUGUGCAGUAGAUGUUUAUGUACUUGUGCACCUGGUAACGGUGAUGCAUCAAAAUGCAUGCUACCGUCCAUAGCCUGCAAUAAUCUAGAGUUUGAGCACAUAGCAGUAUAAAAUUGGUCGUGAUUCUAAUUAUUAUUUUAAGUUUUUAACAUAUCGGUGCCGAUACCAAUGCAUGUCUUAUUGCAUGGUGUACAUAUCAGAGUAGAGGCUAAUGUACAGCACCAUGCCCUGUGCACGACUUGCAUGCCAGUUGCAAUUUCCUUUUCCUCGGUCCCAUUCUGUCUAUUUGUUCAGUCUGCUAAUUGCCGCUGCUGUAUACCCUAUCAUGAUGCUACAUGCUAAUUGGUUUUACUUUUGAGUACUGAUACCCAAAUAGUGCGCUCUACCAUAGCAACUGGCAUUGACUAGUGGCUGAGGACGGGUCAGUCGGGCUGCAUUUGCCGUUCUGUCAUUCAGUUCCGUGUUGUUUGUUUGCCAGUGUACAGCAGUCUGACUUAGCUGGCUGUUGGGUCUGCCACUGCUGCGCCGUUACUAUUAUCGGCUGAAGCCAUUGCAUUUUUGUGCAUGUAGCCACUGCAUGCAUGAGAUUCGCCUGAGCGCAUAGUCCCGAAUCAGUGGCCCUGCUCGCUUUUCAUUUUGUUUUAUAAUAAUACCCACUCCUCAAUCCACUCUUUAAUAUGUGACUUUCCUCGUCCUGCCGAAAAACGGCGUCAGCUGCAUUGAUUGUCCUUCUUUUCGUCCUACAUAUCCUGCCUACGCGAAACUAUCCACUGUACGUGUAACGUAGUGCAUUACUAUUCAUGCCCAGAUACUCAGUAUAGCCCUCGGUACGCAAUGCGGAGUCCGAAGAGCAAUAUAAGCAUAUUAUCUAAUGUUCACACUUGUGACUUCAUAAUAAUAAUUAUUGUGAUCUUUGA